AGAGACCAAACCCCACGACACAGCACACUUCACUUGCCAUUGUACAGUGACACAGAGAGAGAGAGAGGAACAGCAAAUGAAAGUGUGGAGUUGUCAACAAACAUCUACUCCCACACCACACCACACACACACAGAGGCCACAUAUAUAAAACCUCCCUCUCUCUCUCCCUUCCCUCUCUCUUCCCCAUCCCACCUCCCUCAUUAUUAUUUCUCAUCCCACAGUUUGAUUUUCAUUUUCCACACACAUCCCCCUCCCCCCAACCCAACAAACCCCAUCUCCCUACCCUCUCUCUCUCCCCCUGUAGGAAGAAAGUGUGUGUAUACACCCGAGAAGACAACAUACAUACACACAUGACGACAGCCGCCGCCGCCGCGGAGGAGGAGUGGAUGGAGCUCGCCGCGAGGGACGACCACGUGGUGGCGGAGCUGCUCCUCCGCCUCUGCCGCGCAGCGCCCUCUUCCAGUAAACCCGCCGCCGUGCCCGGCUGGACCGUGCGCCAGCCCAGGAGCGGAGGACCCAAGAAGAAGGACAACGACAACAAGAGGAGGACGAAGAAGACGCAGACGACGAAGCAGAAGCAGAAGCAGAAGCAGAACCAGCAGGAGGAGGACGGCGUGGAGCCCACACGCGCCAGCCCCACCACCCCGCUGUCCUGGAGCGGCGCCACCUCCACCAGCGGUGGCGGCGCGGACGGCCCCGAGGAGUCCAGCCGCCCGGCCAGGCCACCCUACAACGCGAGAUCUAAGGCUUCUAUGUUCACAGCAACGGCCACCUCCACGACCCCCAUGACAAAAAGGCCAAAGAGGAAAAAGACAUUAGCUGAACUUAAAGAUGAGGAGAGUUUGCUCUUGAAGGAAAGGAGAAACUUGAGACAUCAAUUGGCAACUCUGCGCCUGACUGUUGAACAAGAAAGGGCCAAAAAUGAAAUCUUUAAGCAGAAAAAGCUUGAUGUGCAAUUGCAGCAUACAGAAACAAUUGCGGCAAGGGACAUGAAAGCUGAAUGUGAACCUCGAGGAAUCUUACCUAAAAGUCGAGACAAUAUCAAUGUAGCCACUCAACAAAAUUCUCUGCCUGAUAAUAUUUCUGGGAUGACCGAAGUUGAAAGGCCUCAGGCGAUGUUUGAGCUUCCCGAUCUGAACCUACCGCUCGAUGAACAUUGUGGGCCCCAGGUUCUCAACGGAGCAAGCUGAGAAUAAAGAGCUGCAUAUAAGUUGGACGAAGUGCUUCUUCAGCCGAACUUAUGGGGUAAUAAUUUUUCCCCUGCUUCAUAGUCCUAACAUCUUAGGUUCAGUCACCCGUGACGGAGUUCGGGCUUUAGCCCUGUUUCUACCUUCUCAAUCUCCAGGAGAAAAAUCUCCAUCCUUGUGGAGACACCGAGAUCCUGACAAGUUAGAGUAAGUGAGACUUAUAUUCUUUACUUGCCCACCUCCAUAAUAGUUUGGCAAAUGACGAGCAAUACCGUGAAUGCUGCGGUGCGAAACGUACUAAUUACUGUUACUGAAACUAUACCUUUGUUCAGUUGCAUUGUUGUAUGGCUUUCUUUUUACUAGUGAAGAUUUGAUUCUGUUUAGUGUUGGAAUUUGAUCGUACUCGUUUGGAAUAUGCCCAGAUAUCUUAUUAGUA